AUGGCCAAGAAGAAACGCAAGGAGGAGAGAAGGUUGCAGCGAAAGAAGGAUAAGGCGAAAGCCUCUGGAGGACCUGAGGGGCGGGGGUCACCCUCGCAACCGUGUCGAAUCUGCGGCGGUUCACACUGGACACAGGAUUGCACGGAACCUCAGCACCCGGAAUGGGGUAAGAAGAAGGCGGACAACGCGAGCGAUUCCCCCUACGACCAGCUCUUCAAGCGGGCGGAAAGGGGCUACGACAGCUCCCUGGAUGAUGGUAAAGGAUGCUGGCUCUACCUGAAACCCACGGUGGAGCUCAGGAAAUCCGGCGCCUUCACCCUCGGGGAUGUUAUCGACUCGAUGUCCAUCGCCACGGGAAUUGAUGUGGCAGAUAUCAAUGUGGACCGCCGCAGUUCCGACACGGUUGCGAGGGUGACCCUCCCCGCCCUCAAGUCCUCAAGAGGCGACAGAGAUAACCUGUCUCAUAACCAUGAGCCAUCACCGCCAUCAACCCAUCCUGUACAACGGGCCCUCGAGCUUCAGCACGAAAAGUCUCAAGCCGACAAAGCGAUUAACCUCGUUCUUACAACACGCCAAGUUCUUAUCGAGCUACCUGAUGAAGAUCCAGAUACCGCUCUUACCUCGCGUGACCUCUACAACAACGGUGGCAGCUGA